AUGCUUAAUCGUAUAAAAUAUGCAAUAUUUAUGUGUGGUAGAUGGAUUGUUUUAUCAAUUGUUUAUCUUGCUGGUAUAACACGAAUUAGUUUAUUUGGUCUUGGAUAUCUUAUAGCAUGUUUUUAUUUUCUUUGGUAUGCUCAUGAUUUUUUAACAAAACGAGUUACAGUUAUAUUUCGAUUAUGGAAUUAUUUCAUUUAUUAUUGUUUUUUCGUAAUAUUUAUAAAAACAUGUUUACAGGUAUGUUAA